AUGGCAGGUAUUGUUUCAAUGAGGUGCCAAGUUGCAGUGAUGCUACUAUUGGCUGUGGCUUUAGGAACUCAUGUGAAAAUAGGUGAGGCACAGAGUAGUAGUUGUCCAGUUCAGCUGACCAAUCUGAAUGUUUGUGCACCAUUUGUUGUGCCUGGUGCAUCCAACACUGACCCUAGUGCUGAUUGCUGCAAUGCACUUCAAGCAACCAACCGUGAUUGUCUCUGUAGCACUCUCAGAAUCGCUUCUCAACUUACUUCUCAGUGCAACCUUCCAUCUUUUGCUUGCGUUCUGAAUUAG